AUGGGACUCUUUUCCCGCAGUAAGGAUAAGGCACCCAAGGCGGUGAAGAGCAAGAAACCGGCUCUCCACACAGCAGGUUCCAACGCCAGCCUGGGUUCUCAUUCCUCCAAGAGCAUUGCAUCCCCUGAUGCUUCAACAGCUCCAUACACCCGAAGUCUAUACCGCACAUCAGGAGGCACAAACAUGUCGAGUCCCGGAACCCCCAACUCGCCGCUCACCCCGGUUCACAUCCCAAAGAUCGACCUGCCCAAGCCGCCGGACCCAGCCCUUGACCCGGCCGGUUAUCUCCGCAGUUUAGGUGCCGUAAGGGAGCGAUGCAGCAUCGUCACCGAAAAGGCAUUUAAGAACCAAUUGAACCACUUCCAGGUGGACAUGCGAAAGUUCCCCGAUGUCGUGAGCUUUGUAUCCCAGAUCAUCAAGAGAGACUACGACGCACCAUUUCACUCAAUUCCUGGCCAUGGAAGGCACCAGCACUUUUGUGUUGGUGGCCGCGACCGUAUCGCACAUCUCUUAUCUGCUUUUCCGGAAACGGUCGACAGCACGGAGAAGUGCAGGCGAAUGAUUGACUUGUUCCUCGUGAGCGUGCUCCUAGAUGCCGGCGCAGGACUUCAGUGGAGCUUCAAGAGCUCCGAAAAUGGCCGUGUCUACAGGCGGUCCGAGGGCUUGGCCAUUGCCAGCUUGGAAAUGUUCAAGCAGGGUCUAUUCUCCAGCUCCAAGGAGAAUAAGUAUCAGGUUGACAAGGAUGGCCUCGCCACGUUGACGGUCGAAAAGCUCGCCAAGGGCUUACAGUCCGAGCCCGGGAAUGAGCUUGCUGGUCUGGAGGGAAGGACGAAUCUGCUCCUCCGUCUAGGCAAGGCACUAUCAGAGUCAACGGAAUUCUGGGGCGAGGACGGCAGGCCGGGCAACAUGGUCGACCACUUACUCGCCCAUCCCAGCACACAAGCGUCAAGCAUGCCUAUCGUACCCCUGCCCACGCUUUGGAAUGUCCUCAUGUCUGGCCUUGCAUCAAUCUGGCCCGAGAGCCGGACUGCCAUAAACGGUGUCAGCUUGGGCGACGCAUGGCCCUGCUCUUCGAUGCCACAGCCACAAACAAGCGGCUCAUCCUCGCCUCCUAGCAACAGCCCAACAUCCUCGAAGCCGACGUUCAGUCCCUUCCCUGGAGGCCGCAGCUCAGGAGGCUCAAAUAAGUCCUCGUCUCCCAAGAGCUCGGGCCGGGUAGAGCCGUGGGAAGGCAUCCUACCGUUCCACAAGCUCACUCAGUGGCUCACCUACUCGCUGAUGCAGCCCAUGCAGUCGAUUCUGCGUAUCCACUUUGCCGGCACUGAGCUGCUCACUGGUCUACCAGAAUACCGCAACGGAGGACUGUUCGUCGACCUCGGGGUCUUGACGCUGAACAAGGAAGAUGCCGACCGUGGACUGCAGCACUACAACGAAUACUGCGAAAGGACGGGCACGAGGCCCGUGGAGGUGGCACCCAUGUUUGAGCCCAGCGACGAUGUCAUCGUCGAGUGGCGUGGAGUCACGGUCGGACUGCUCGACAAACUCUGUGUAGAUGUCAACGCCUUUCUGAGCAAGGAGCUUGCAGGAAACGAGUUGACUCUUGCGCAGCUUCUCGAGGCUGGAAGCUGGAAGGGUGGUCGCGAGAUUGCCGAAGUCAGCAGGCCCAACACCAAGGAACCGCCGAUUCUGAUCGACAGUGAUGGAACCGUAUUCUAAUCAAAUCGAAAGGUUGACCUGAAUGUAAUCUUCUCGUUGUUACACUGUUUUGCGCUCGCGUCAUGCCCAUCAUGAAGUUUUGGAAAUUAUAGUUUUUUUCUUCUUUUUUUUUCUGGGAGGUCUGGAACUGGGAGAAUAAUGAGAUACAAGAAACAGAACCUGCAUGUCGCAUUUAGGGGGGCGUGAGUUAGGCCGUGAUGAAACAUGCCCGGAUUUUUGAUAAAACAGCUCCGUACAAUGGUGUAACGGAUUCAAUGGUUAUGGCAAUGUUCGGGUCAAGCAACUAACUAUAAAUGCAUAUUUUUGGACAAACGAUGGCCAAAUGGUUAAUUCGUAUCUGCAUGCCAUCCGCCAACGGAAGAGUUUUGUACCCAUGUGAUCUCGCUUGCGGUAUGGGCCAAGUACCAGGAGAAAUGCGAACCGGACGUCGAAGAAAGCAGAUUAUCAACAGGCUAGCACCGUGGAG